AUGAUGCACCCGUCGCGUCAGGCGUACGUGGAGGAGGCUGAAUCCGAGGUAAGGCUUCCUCCCCAACAUCACCUCCCCGAGGCUUCAGGGCAGCUCAAAAGGACAGCUUCUAACCUAGCACCUCCUUCUAUUCUACAGGACAGGGGUAUCGAUCUAGCAGAUCUUCCCACCGACCGUGACUAUGACAUCCCUUCUACGGCCACAGGCGUUGCUCCGGAAAAGGCGUCGGCGAUACUCGCGCAGUUCGAACGCAAGCGCUUGGCAGCUUCUAUCAUUGUUCCAACAGACGAUGGCAAAGUUCGCGCCAAGCUACGAGAACUCGGGGAGCCGAUCACGCUGUUUGGCGAAGAUGUCGCAGACCGACGCUCUCGAUUGCGCGAGCUGCUUACGGUCCAGGCAGAGCAAGGCACCCUCGAGAAGCCAGACGUUGACAUGGAGGAUGCAGGAGAGGCGGAGGAACAGGAGGAGCAGGAGGAGGAAUUCUACACAACCGGCGGCCAGCAACUGCUUGAGGCACGGAUAGACAUCGCGAAAUACUCCCUGCCGCGGGCGAAGCAAAGGGUCUCGUUCCAAAAGGCCGAGUCGAAGAUUCCCUUGCGAACACACGUCAAAUUCCGGAAACACAUCAAGGAACGACUACAGGGGUUCGAGCUGCAGGCCAGUCAGCCGAUAGGCGAACGCAACAUCAGUAUGACGAGGAUCUCGCCCAAUGGCGAGAUGGUGGCGGUAGGGAACUUUGGAGGCACCUUGUCCCUGGUCGGGGUACCCAACCUGGAGACGAUCAAGACGUUCCGCGGCCACACCCAAAAGAUCAGUGGCAUCUCCUGGUUUCCAGGGUCAACCUUGCCAGACUCCAAUGUCUCCUCCGAGGCUGUAAACCUGGCCUCUGGAGGUGCGGAGGGCAAUAUUCAUCUAUGGUCUCUCACCCAGGAAACCCCGCUAUCAACUCUUUCGGGCCACAGCCAGCGAGUUUGCCGGGUGGAAUUCCACCCCUCUGGCAAAUACCUUGCCUCGGCCUCCGAUGACACGUCGUGGAGGCUUUGGGACGUGGAGACAACCUCUGAGCUCUUGUUGCAAGAGGGCCAUUCCCGCGGUGUUUACGCUGUCAGCUUCAAUACGGACGGCGCGUUGCUUGCUAGCGCCGGGACGGACAGCAUCGGGCGGAUCUGGGAUCUACGCACAGGGCGGACUGUCAUGAUCCUUGACGGGCACAUGGACGGACACAUCAAACCGAUUUACGCCUUGGAUUGGGGCUCUGAUGGGCACCGAGUUCUGAGUGGGUCGGCAGAUGGUUGGGUCAAGUGCUGGGAUGUCCGGAAGGUCCAGCGCGGCGGUGGUGUUGGUGCACAUAGCAGCACCGUAUCAGACCUGAGAUGGUACAAGGGGCUCGACGACCCUCUCCUGGGCACGGCGCCCGGCGUGGACGACAAGGGAGUACAGCAACCGAAAAAGGCGUCGACAUUCUUCGUGUCGAGUGGGUUUGACCAGAAGGUCAACAUUUACUCGGCGGAUGACUGGUCGCUGGUCCAGUCUCUGAGUGGCCACACCGCCCCAGUCAGCAGUGUCGAUGUGAGUCGUGACGGCAGGUGGAUUGUCAGCGGUGGUCACGACAAGACUGUCAAGCUCUGGGGCCGUGAUGACGGUGAGCCGUUCUAA